UGAAGCAUUAUGCCUUUGGUUUUCCGUUAUGUAGAGGUAUAUUCUCGGGUUCGAUACUCUUCGUCACAGAAACGAGCAUCUAUAUUUUUUUCCCACAUUCUUUCUCAGCUCCGACUCUCUGUGUUUCUCUCUCUCUGAAAACUUUAGUUUCAAAGGUACUGACGGAGAAACUGCAAAUGCAGUGUCUAUCUUCUCAUCCCCCAAGAUUUGCUUUGGUCCCAUGAAUUGCGCUUGGAGAUUGUGGUGGCUGCAGAACUUGGCUGGCAUUUAAGUUAUGAUGGUGAUAAAGAUGGUGGAAUACUAAGCUGUUAAUUUGAUUAGGCAUCAAUAUGGACGAAAGAAAUUUUUUUAUUUUAGUUUUGGAUUGUCUACUUUAACAUGGAGUAGACAAUUCAGCUAAAUCAACUGGUUUCAUCUCACAAGGAGGUAGGAUAAUGUGGCUUUUGACAUAACCGUGCAGAAUAUUUUUUGUUAAGUAGUAGCAAUCAGCCUUGAGAUCUUUAUUUAUGGAAGUUUUAGUUUCACCUCAAGGGCAAAAGCAGAACUCACAUACACCUGUUCGUAAAAUUCUUUCUUCUGGGUCCCACAAAGAUCUAUGGCUUGCUGUGCGGGAAGGCUCCUUGGCUGAUGUGGAUUCAGCAUUGGCACAAGUGAAGAAGAAAGGGGGUAAUGUUAAUUCAAGAAACAUAUUUGGUCUCACCCCUCUUCAUAUUGCAACUUGGAGAAACCAUAUUCCCAUCGUUAGGAGGCUUAUUGCUGCUGGUGCUGACCCAGAUGCUAGGGAUGGGGAAUCAGGAUGGAGUAGCCUUCACCGGGCUCUGCAUUUUGGUCAUCUUGCUGUUGCAAGUAUCCUUCUUCAGUCUGGUGCUUCUAUUAUGCUGGAGGACUCUAAAUCUAGAACUCCUGUGGAUCUCCUGUCUGGACCUGUGGUGCAGGUUGUUGGGAAUGGAAAUAAUUCAGUAGCUACAGAAGUCUUUAGCUGGGGUAGUGGUGCUAACUUUCAACUUGGAACUGGAAAUGCUCACAUUCAGAAGUUGCCUUGCAAAGUUGAAUCAUUUCAUGGUUCGUUGAUGAAGUUGGUUUCUGCUGCUAAGUUCCAUAGUAUAGCAGUCACUUCUGAAGGAGAAGUCUAUACUUGGGGAUUUGGAAGAGGUGGUCGACUUGGCCAUCCUGAUUUUGAUAUACACAGUGGUCAAGCUGCAGUUAUCACACCCCGUCAGGUGACUUCUGGUUUAGGGUCCCGUCGGGUGAAGGCUGUUGCUGCAGCCAAACAUCACACUGUUGUUGCUACUGAGGGUGGGGAAGUGUUCACCUGGGGGUCCAACCGAGAGGGUCAGCUUGGCUACACUUCUGUGGAUACUCAACCCGUACCUCGCAGAGUUAGUUCCUUGCGGUCAAAAAUUGUUGCAGUUGCUGCAGCAAAUAAGCACACUGCUGUUGUCUCUGAGGCGGGUGAAGUUUUUACAUGGGGCUGUAACAGGGAGGGUCAGCUUGGUUAUGGAACAUCUAACUCAGCAUCAAAUUACACACCAAGAGUGGUUGAGUAUUUGAAAGGCAAGGUUUUCACUAGCGUUGCAGCAGCAAAAUGUCAUACAAUCGUAUUGGGAGCUGAUGGAGAGGUGUACACUUGGGGUCACCGACAUGUUACCCCAAAACGUGUAGUGAUUGCUAGAAACUUAAAGAAAGGUGGAAAUAACGUUCUGAAGUUUCACUGCAUGAAACGGCUUCAUGUGGUUGCCAUAGCUGCCGGAAUGGUACAUAGCAUGGCUCUCACAGAUGAUGGUGCAUUAUUUUAUUGGAUCUCCUCAGAUCCUGAUCUUAGAUGCCAACAGCUGUGUUCACUGUGUGGACAAAGUAUGGUAAACAUUUCAGCAGGGAAGUACUGGACUGGUGCUGUGACAGCAACAGGUGAUGUUUACAUGUGGGAUGGGAAGAAAGGCCAUGAUAAGCCACCUGUUGCAACUCGGUUGCAUGGUGUAAAGCGGGCCACUUCAGUUUCUGUUGGUGAAACACAUCUAUUGGUUAUUGGUUCUCUCUACCAUCCAGAAUAUCCUUCUGACUUAUUUAAGAAUCCUUCAAAGAAAACGUCAAAUGUGAGGGAUGAACUGGAUGAACGUGAAGAAGAGCUUAUGUUUGAUGAUAUGGAGUCCUGUACUCAACCAACCAUCCAGAAUGAGGAUUCAGGGCUGAGGCCUGUACCGAGCUUAAAAAGCCUUUGUGAAAAGGUGGCUGCAGAGAAUCUAGUGGAGCCACGAAAUGCUAUACAGUUGCUGGAAAUUGCUGAUUCUCUUGGAGCAGAUGAUCUAAGGAAGUAUUGUGAGGAAAUUGUUAUUCGCAACCUUGACUAUAUUUUUACCAUGUCAACACAUGCUAUGGCAAGUGCUGCACCAGAUAUUCUGGCUAACCUUGAAAACCUACUGGACCAAAGGUCAUCUGAGACAUGGAGUUAUCGUCGUCUCCCAACUCCAACUGCUACUUUUCCUGCAAUUGUUUACAGUGAAGAGGAAGAUGGUGAAAAUGAGGUCCAAAGGACUCGAGACAAUCACGCAAAGAUUUCCACAUCUAAAAAUGAAUUAAUCCAGAAGAUGGAUUCCUUGUUGCUGCCUACUGAUGAUCCCAAUCAAGGCAUCUGUAGACAAGUUCGUGCUUUACGGAAAAAGUUGCAGCAGAUAGAUAUGCUUGAGGUAAAGCAGUCUAAAGGACAUCUUCUUGAUGACCAACAAAUUGCAAAGCUUCAAACACGAUCAGCUCUUGAGAGUUCACUUGCUGAGCUUGGUGCUCCAGUUGAGUCGCUGCAGAUGAGGGCUUCUUCUUCAGUUUUGGCAGAUGGAAAAGGAAAUAAAAGGACUGAGCAAUCAAGGAAACAGAAGAGAAAGAGCAAACAUAGGGCAGCACAAAUGGGCAUAGCAUCUGGUAUUUGUGGAACUGAACUAGAAAAUGAACCGGUAAAGGAUUCAUUAGAUACUGAAAUUUCUCAGGUCUCAAAGAACGAGGAUGCAAGUGACACAAUUGGAAAGACUUCGGCCAACCAGGAUUUAAAGGAGUCAGCUUUCUCUGUCAAGCAGGAAAAUGUAAACUUGCCAAAGAAUAAGAGUUCGUUACGAAGAGCCUCCAAGAAGAAAAAUAAGAAAGGUGGUCUUUCCAUGUUCUUGAGUGGUGCACUUGACGACAUUCCCAAAGAGAUUGCUCCCCCUGCACCAACACCUAAAAGUGAGGGUCCUGCAUGGGGUGGGGCUAAAAUUUCAAAAGGAUCUGCAUCUCUUCGUGAAAUUCAGGAUGAGCAAAGCAAAAUUAAGGUGAUUCAGCCAUCUAGGAGCCGAGAUCAGGUGGAAGAUGUUAUUGAAGGUAGAAAUGAUGGGAAAAUCCCAUUGAGUUCUUUUUUAACAUCGAAGCCAAUACCAAUGGUGUCACCCCGUACACCACAGGCAUCUGAUGGAGAAAAAUGUACUCCUCCAUGGACUGCUUCAGGAACUCCUCCACUUUCACGACCAUCUCUCAGGGACAUCCAAAUGCAGCAGAAGGGAAAACACCAACAAAAUCUUUCACAUAGUCCAAAGACCAAAGUAGCAGGAUUUUCAAUUAAUUCUGGUCAGGGCUCGCCAUCCGACUCUCCUGGAAUGAACCGUUGGUUCAAACCAGAGCCCGAUGCACCCUCGUCAAUUCGUUCAAUUCAGACGGAGGAGAAGGCUAUGAAGGACCUCAAGCGUUUCUACAGCAGUGUUAAAAUAAUCAGAAACCAGUCCUAAAAGGGACAUAUUAUAGAGCUCUGUUAGUUAGCAAUUAAGGCUCUUUCUUGUUCUUUUAUUAAUUAAAAUUUCAACAUUCAUUUUUUCUUUGGUUGAAAUGAGCUGCUGUAAAUUUGACUGUACAGAGGAUUUCAGUGUAGAUUUUAUGCCCCUCAAAUAAAUAUAGUAGUUUAAUUUUCUUGUCCA